AUGCAGCACAACGAGGACGAUCAUUAUGACAACUGUAUGGACCACGACCGUGACGACGAACAUGAGCAUGACGACGACGCAAAUGACAUCAUUAUGCAGCACAACGAGGACGAUCAUUAUGACAACUGUAUGGACCACGACCAUGACGACGACGCCAAUGUUCACAACCACAUCAUUGGGCAACACAAACAGGACGACUCACAUGUUCACAAUAAGGACAUCAUUAUGCAGCACAACGAGGACGAUCAUUAUGACAACUGUGUGGACCACGACCGUGACGACGAACAAGAGCAUGACGACGACGCAAAUGUUCAGAACCAGGACAUCAUUGGGCAACACAGACUGGACGACUCAAAUGUUCACAAUUAG